GGAUCUUUCUCGAACACCGGUGAUAUGUACUUUGGUAUAUCCGGCGCUCCUCUUGUGGGAACGCCAUUUAUUGUCACUUCUGUGACCUCUUGGACUAACAGUGGUAUGAUGGUUUUCCGGAGAGCCUCUGGUGGCAGUGCCUUGUUAGUAAUUGAGCAAGUCCUUGGAGGCGAUGGUCUUUCCAGAAUUACAAAUGACGGAUCAAUUUGUUUGUACAACACCUUCUGGUUACAAACAACUAGUAUUGAUGGAAGUGGCUGUAUCACUGUGGGCUCGGGUGCCGAGUUGGACUUGCAAUUAGCCGUUGGAACGCUUUUGUUUUCUGUUGCAGAAACCCAAACCAUUUACUUGGAGUCCUCCGACUCCGUGUUGAGUAUUCUUGGAUUGAGCGUAUCUUUGAUCCCCGAUAAUACCAUUAAAGUCGCAGGCUUUGGAAAUGGAAACACAAUUCAUCUUGACAUUCUUUUCCUUUCAUAUUCAUAUUCUUCGACCACAGGUAUAUUGACCCUUUCGUUGACCUUCUUACUCGAAGUUGAUAUUGACAUUGGUACCGGGUACGAUGAGUCAUUGUUCAGCACGUCAUCCACGUUGAUCAGCAGAAGCAUUUCUUACAGCGGCCCUGCCCCUAAUAGUAUCCCAGCCGUAUGUUCGUGCGUUUCUUCCUUCCCAGAAGUCACAACUACUGCCAUUGCUUCUUCCUCCACAUUCAUCGCUUCAACUGAUAGAUCUCUGGGUACAAUCACAGCUUCUUCUGAGACUUCCGCCCCAGCUUCGUCUGCUGCUCCAGCAUCUUCUGAGGCUCCAGUUUCUUCUGAGGGUCCAACUUCGUCUGCUGCUCCAGCAUCUUCUGAGGAUCCAGUCUCUUCUGAGGGUCCAACUUCGUCUACUACUCCAGCAUUUUCUGAGGCUCCAGCUUCGUCUGCUGCUCCAGCUUCGUCUGAGGCUCCAGCAUUUUCUGACACUGGUUCUUCUUUCGUCGGCACCACCUACACCACGACUUUCGUUUCUACCAAGUCUGAUGGUUCUGUUGAGACUGACAGCGGUGUUGUUGUUGUGACUACCGACUCUGUUGGCUCCGCCACCACCGCCUCAGAUUUGACCCGCGAUGUAAGCGAGGUUGGAACGGGAAAGCCCGUAGAUGUUUCAAGUACUUUUAUUACAAGCCGGAACUCAAAGGUGACCGAUUCAUGUGAUGGAAAAAGCACUUGUACUUGGACUUCAACCGACGGUGCAGCCAGUGCAUCUGCUGGGGAAAACUCCAAAACGGGAGUGUACUCAACCCUUACAACCGUUACCAAUGGCCCAAGCGCUUCUGAUGUCACUAAAUUGACCGUUACUUUGCCGUCAUGUAUUGAUUGCGACACUAUUACAACUGGGGGUGAGCCUACUUCUUCGAUUACAGCUCUGGUGAGCAGUCUGAGCAAUUCCAUGAGUUCUAUUACUAUUUCGGCUUCUGUUAACAUUAAUCAUCACGGAGAAUCGGUAUAUUGCAUAUAG